GUUCCUGCAUAACAGUACACUUGGAAUGGAAAUGGAACUGUCUGAACAUGUUAAUUUUGACAACUCGGAUUGAAUGAUAUAGUUCCAUAUGAGGACAUAGUUCCAGGAACUAUUUAGGUCCGGAACUACGCAUGUCUACUCCAAGCAGAAAUGUCAAAAUGGCGUCACCGCAAGACUGUUUGUAUAUUUCUUUACUUGGUUUAGCGGAACAUUUUCGAACUUCUAAUCCCCCUGACAUAAAAAGUUGUAUCCAGUGCUUACAAGCUGUGUUUAAUUUUAAUCCGCCAGCAAGGGUAGAAGCCAGGACUCAUUUACAACUCGGUAAUAUACUUUUGACACACACCAAAAACAUCGACUUGGCGAGAACGCACUUAGAGCAAAGUUGGUGCUUAUCACAAACUACAAAUGCUUUAGACGAGUUCAAGUUCGAGGCAGCUAGCGUUCUUGCUGAGCUAUUUGAGCAGCAAGGUCAACCUGCACAUUCUAAACCAAUUCUAAGGAAAGCAAUAGAGUUAUCACAACAUAGUGUAUAUUGGCAUUGUAGACUCAUUUUUCAACUGGCUCAAAUACAUGCUACAGAGAAAGAGUAUGAAGUGGCCAGUAGUCUACUUGGUGUUGGUGUGGAUUAUGCACAAAUAUCAAAUGUGGCAUAUACACAAGUACUGUUCUUGUUAAGUAGGGUAAUGUUAUUAUUAAUAGAUAAGAAAAUUCAAGAAGUGUUACCAUUAUUAAAUCAAGCUGGACAUUUAGUAGAUUCUUGGACAGGUAGUCUACACCAAAAAGAGUAUCUAAAAGUGUUCUUUUUAGUUCUACAAGUAUGUCACUACCUUAUGGCAGGACAGGUGAAGAGUGUGAAGCCAUGUCUAAAGCAACUGCAACAGAGCAUACAGACAAUAAUGGCACCGACAUGGCCUGAUGAUGAUGCUGUGUGCGGUACGGUUCCCGGCGAGUCGUUCAUCUGGUUGUCGCGACAGCAGCUGUACGUCCUCGUGUACCUGGUCACAGUGAUGCAUUCAGCACAAGCCGGCUACAUGGACAAGGCGCACAAGUACACAGAAAAGGCUCUAGCACAGAUUGAUAAACUUACUUCGAGCGCGGGCGAGGAGGCUGGCGGCGCGGAGCGGCAGUCCCGCGGCGCGACGCUGGCGUGGCGGCUGCGCAUGGCGCUGGUGGAGCACGCGGCGCUGUGCCGCCUCGUGGCCGGCGGCAAGGCGCACGCGCUCAACGAGAUCGCACGCGCCGCGCACCUGCUCACCGUCGCGCCCACGCCGGCGAGCGCGGCGGCGCACACACCGCAGCUGCACUGCUUGCUGGGACUGUACGCUAUGUCGAUGAACUGUAUGGAGGCCGCUGAGACACAGUUUCACACAGCUAUACACACGUCACAAGAGAGGGACCUGUGGAUGUUUGCUAAAUUAAAUCUGGCAAUUGUAUAUCUAAGGGGACGAAGAGACAACGAUUUAGCGCAACUCAUGGAACAGGUUAGGCCGGAAGCGUUACCACCUUACGCGCACGGACUGCGAGCUGCCUCUUACUACGUGCUGGGAUUGCAAGCCUUCUUCCAGGCGAGGUACAAUGAAGCAAAGCGAUAUUUACGAGAGACCCUGAAAAUGGCGAAUGCGGAAGAUCUGAACAGGCUAACUUCAUGUUCCCUAGUGCUUCUGGGGCACAUUUUCCUAUCAAUAAACAACUCUAGGGAGAGCAUGAACAUGGUGACGCCGGCCAUGCAGUUGGCCAGUAAGAUACCCGAUGUCCAUGUGCAGCUCUGGGCUUCGGCAAUAUUGAAAGAUUUGUACCGGUUGGCUGGCGACACGGAACGUGAAAACGAGGCGUACCAGAUGCACUGCAACUUUUCGCAGGCGUUGCUCAAGGACCACUUUCAGGCGACGCAGCUCCCCCAGCACGCGCUGCUGCACUGGAGCACCGGCGCGCCGCCCGCCCUGCCGCCCCCGCCUCCGCCGCCGCCCCCGCCGCCCCACGUCGCGCAUCUGUAGUUCCCUCAAUGGAACUUGACUGCUGGCGUUGCUACUCUCCCAGCACGCCUCUGCACUGGAGCACCGGAGCGCCUACCGCCCCCCACCCCCGCCCCCGCCGCCGCACGUCGCGCAUCUGUAGCUCCUUAAUGGAACUUGACUACUGGCGAUGGUGCUCCCCCAGCGCGCGCUUCUGCAUUGGGGAUCCGGCGCGUCCUCACUCAAGGACUGUUUAAUUAGUGAUUGAAGUGAUAUGUCGCGCAUCUAGCGAUAGAUAAUGUCUAACUAUUCAGUAUAUUGCCUUCUUCACGUUGACGACUGUGCUCCCAUCGUGGCUAGCUGUGACUGAAUUCGUGAAUAGUUUCAAACAAUGACUAAAGUAAUUUAAAUGGUUUUAUUAGUAAAAACAGUAAAAUUAAUUGAAUAGCCUUACACCUCAAAAAAGGUACUAUCUGCAAUAGCAUGUUGUUUGUGUGCUGCAUUGUUCAAAUAACUUUGUAAUAUUCAAGCCACUUCCAUAAGAAUGAGUUUAUUUUGUUAGUAUAUUUUAGGAUCAAAAUUGCAUCAAUAUGAAAUGAAGAAAUAGGGCUCUCAAUCCAUUCAUAGACCUUGCCCCUUAGCUAACACCACACUCGCAUAGGUCAUGAUUAGAAGUCGGAAUAGGUAGAUUGAUUUAAGGUCGUUGACGUCAAACGUAGAGGAUAAUAUGGAUAUGCCUCCAAAAACCGGAACUUCUUAUUUAUUGUGAUACUAGCUGACCCAGCAGACUUCGUAGUGCCUCAAUCGAUAAAUAAAAGACAAAACGAAUCCGUCCGAUGGGGGACACAUCAAAGGACAAACAAAAUUGUUAUUUUUAUUUAAUUCCGAGCAUUCUCAUAUAUACCUUCUCUGCACUUCCACAAAUAAUUUAAGACCAAAAUUAGCCAAAUCGGUCCAGCCGUUCUCGAGUUUUAGCGAGACUAACGAACAGCAAUUAAUUUUUAUAUAUGUAUAUAGAUUUGUUCCGGAAUUUUGAAAUUAGCAUGAAUCUGGGUUUAAGGUGAAAAACGUAUUGAUAAUAUUAAUCUACGCUACCAGUGCUAGCUAAUGGUGAAAUAAAUCAGUAUUUUAUUUUAUACUAAAACACUUUGGAAUAGUUACACCGUAUUUUGUCCCUUUCUGUUGAAUUAGAAAUGACGCUUGUCAAUAUGAGACAAAACUUAGACAGGGCUUUUUGUUACUUUAUCUCAUAAAUAUAGAAAUUGCAUCCGAUGAGGAUUAAAAAUAUAUUUUUUCAAUUUAAAAUAAAUAAUCAUUAUGGAUAAAAAGGCAUGUCCAUAUUAUAAUAUCUUGACGCAAGUAUAUAAAAUCAAUCUACCUACUCCGACCACUGGUCAUGAUAGACUGUGUACAAGUUUUGAAACUCAUAUAAUGAAGGGACAUUUUACUACCACCUAUAGAUAAUAUGUGCUGCACUGUCUUGAAGGCCAAAGGGAAAGGAUCAGGGAGGAGGUUUCUUCCAGCAGCCAAACCUAAGUUAUCUGAAUUUAUAUUUGCUUUGUUUAUUGGUAGUAUACACUUUAGAUACACAUAAUCUUCUACAAACCAAUUGCACAUAGAGAGAAUUGUAAAGCACAUAAUCGAAUCAAGAAGUCGGUAUAGGCAAACACAAAUCUAAAGCGUUAGUUUGAAAAUAAAGCUAAAACUUACAACAGUACACAAAGUACUUUUUAUCUCAAUGGCGUAAACCAUAGAUUUGGUAAUGACACUCAUGACUUAUGCACACAAGCUAAGCUGUGCUCGAAGGAAACAUUCUAGAAGCUCACUGCUCAGUACAAAUUAAAGGUUUUACAAAUACUUUAAUACUGUAGAUUGGGAUGAAUCGGGACCCUUUCCAAAUCCAACACAAAUUUUCAAUGUUUUUCUCUUAUGGUAAUACCAAUAUAAUUGAGAUUAAAAUUGUUCCGGAAAGUUAAAUUUUUAUAGACGAUGCGUUAUUAUACAUAGUUCAUUACAAAAUAUACACAAAAACUGAAAAAAACUAGCUUGAUUCGAUUCACCCUGGAUUUAGGGUUAAUUAGGUUACGUAUGAGGACAAUAGAGUUUUAUCGAUAGGGCUGGGAUUAUUUAGUUGUUAGGUAGGUACUUAACUUUAGGUAGGUAAUUAACUGUUUAAUAUCUUUAAUGAGUUACAAAACUUUGAUGACUAAAUUAAACUAUUUAAUAUUCUUAAACACUAAAUAAAAGUCAUUUUCAGUUCAACAAAAUUAAAUCUAACAACUCAACAAUAGUAUCGUGACAUCCCAGAUUUGUCCCUAUUCUAACACUAGUCUCUAUUCCCCCCAAUCUACUGUACCCAAAGCAUUUUGAUCUUUUAAUUAAAAUAAUAAUGUAAUAAAGUUGGACCCAUUUUGUACAUUGCUGUAUCACCACACUUACUUAUCAGCCACAAAUUGAAACCUUAUUUUAUCAUCUAUUAUAUUUUAGCUAUAUAUUUUUAAACUUUAAAUUGAGAGUGAAUCGAAAUUUUUAACUGAAGGUUGUAGAUAAUAUUCCCUUGGAUAUAUAGAUUAUACUUUAAUGGUGAUUGUUGACACAAUUUGCAGUUGCCACCUGUCAUUAAUAAUUAACAAAUCUAGCAACGGUUACGUUAUUUUGUUUACUUCGAGUUAUGAAGAGUGCAUGACAUGAUAGAUUACACCGCGUUUGGACAUUUGCGGUAGGCAGCGGCUUGGCUCUGCCCCUGGCAUUGCUGAAGUCCAUGGGCGACGGUAAUCACUCACCAUCAGGUGGGCCGUGUGCUCGUUCGUCUGCCUACAAGGGCAAUUAAAAAAAAACAUUAUUAUUUAAAUAUCACUAAAAUAUUUGACUCAAUUCUCGUGUAAGCGCGCGUCAUAUCCGCGCUGUACGAGAACAUUGACCCGAGCAUCAGCUGAUUUUAAAUUGCUCGUUAUGUGUAGUCUUACAAAAAUUAAAAUGUUUAGUUUUUUUUAAAUGUCAAUACAUAAUUUGAAUGGACGGCAUUAGCACUGUCAUCUUUCUCAACACGGUGUGCGAGUCUGAUAUUUUCAUAGCUAUUUCGAAUCAUUCAAGUCGACCCGUGGAUGUCAGAUAUCUUAUUUAAUUUGCUGUCAUCUUUUGUCUUAACACAAAAAGUAGGUAAUUGCUAUUGACUGCACCACUUUACUGAUUGUACGAAGUCUUGUGUGUCCGCACGGGUACCGUCCUGCCUAUUUCUGCCGCGAAGCAGUAAUGCGUCUCGGUUUGAAGGCUGGGGCAGCCGUUAUACUGUAAAAACUUUGAGACCUUAAACUCAUAUUUUAAUGUGAAUGGCGGCAUUUACGUUGUAGAUGUCUAUGGGCUCCGGUAACCACUUAAAACCAGGUGGGCCGUGAGCUCGUCCACCCAUCUAGGCAAAAAUAGAAAAAAACAUUGCUUGAACAAUAUUGGUUAAACUGUAAUUAAGAUUGUUUCUUUUUUAUUUCGACUGUUGUGUUGGGAACGCUUCUCGCGGUGUUGGCAAAAUUUGAUUUAAAAAAAUUCAUUAAUUCUGCUCUAAAAACCGAUUCAAAUGUCAGUAGUUAAAAGUUUCAAGCCAAAUGUAUGGCUUGAAACUUUUUACAUGUCUCUCCGUUUGGCUAAAGUCAAGUACGCCUGUGUGCUUAGUGCACAAAAUUGAGGUAUUUUCUAAAUCGGUGUAAAGCCUGUUCAUUCAAAGGUAUGUGUUUUUCUUCGCCGUUAACAUCGUUUUUAAUGAAACAAAAAGCUUUUCAAUACUCUAGCGUACUUCCAAGGUCCUUCAUGACAUACAAUUAGACAAAUAGUUGCCGUCGUCCAUGGACAACAUUUGUGCCCUGUGACAGUCGGAACGGCGUCUAACUCGAACUGCUUCCGGUCGGUGUGCUUAGUGCGAGUUAUUUUUUAACGUUCUCGAUAGCGUAAAAGUGAACUCAAAUUUGUAUGCAGUUGGAACGUUUGCCUGCGUUUGCCGCUAGGGGCGCUGUUCUAACUGCAAAAAAAUUUGAGUUAACUUUUACGCUAUCGAGAACGUUAAAAACUCACAUUAAGCGUAUUGAAGGCCUUAAUCGACCCAACCGCUAGUUUUAGUUGCGUAUAAUGAUUACAGUUGAUAAAAUUAUAUGUAUUUAUCUCGAUGCGCCGAAGUUGCCUCAUACAAUUAUAAAAGAGCGCCGGUUGUGUUCUUGCACGGUUGUGUUGGGUUUCCGGCACCCGUUGGGUUUCCAGCACCCGUUGUCGACCCAAGUAAAUAAUUCUUGACGAUUCUAGUUCCGGUCGGGUAAAUGACACACACACGAAUAGUUAAAAGAUACUACAGCAUUGUGACUUCACGGUAUUCUUAACCGGAGUAAUACGGUGGUUUGAUCUCAUUCAGUCACUCUAUUAUAGCAAAACAACAAGGGCUUUUGAACCUUGCAAAAAAAAUGAUAUUUUACAUACAGAGAAAAUAUAUGUGACAGAGAAACUCGAAUAAUAUCGGACAUUUUAUUUUCAAUAUGACAAAUCCAUUAAUAGAAAUAUUAAAAGCGUAUUAUUCAGUAUUGUUUUAAUAUCUUUUGUUAACUCAAUUGGAUCUCAAGUCCAGUUUAGAAUCCUUCCUAUAAUUACUACAAUUCUUCCAAAUGUACAUAAUAUAAUAUAAUUGUGCUGAUUGUUAUUUCGUUAAAAAUAUAUUAUUUUUAUUGACAUUGUCUACGCUUGUAUUGUGUUUGUAAAGACACUGUCAAACGAGUGAGCAUUAUAUAAUAAGUUUUUAUAAAUUAUUUGCGAAUUCGAACAUAGGAGUAUGAGUUCUGCUACCCAAAGGACUGAUCUAAUGUAAUAAUGUCGAAUGAAACUUGAGAAAGAACAAAAUGUCUCAUUUAUUUAUUUUAUUAAUUAUUCAUUCUCUUUAGUAAUUUGUUAGUAAAUGUAUGCGUUGAUGAUAAUAUAGUUAAUUAUUUUUAUUAUGACAACGGAUCUAAUGGAUCCUCCGCUUUGGUUCUCAAUGGGCGGGUUUUCUUUGUUUGUCACAACAAUUGUUCGAGAAGAUUCCAUUAUCAUUCAUCUUAUUUUUUAUACUUUAGAUUAGGGUCUGAAGAUUCGUCCGCUGCUGAACCAAACAAGAGUCGUGUACUGUUUGAAUGUAACCUUGAGCAUGUAAACCUUCUCGCUAGUUCCCUAUCGAACAGUUAGAUGUGGCCUUAUGAAGAAGGGAGUACAUGAACUAUUGUUAAUAUGUAAAUAAAAGUUGAAUUAUUGUAAAUAAUAAUAAAAAAUAUAAAUUAUAUGUUUUUUCAUAA